CGCCUCUCCUCGUUGCCGUGGCGACGAGCGGCGCGUCCCGGAAGUGCCGGCGGCGGGGCCGCGGCAAUGGAGCAGCUGUGGAGCCGGCGGCCGCGGGAGGUGCCGGGCCCCACGCCGCACUCCGUGGCGCUGAGAGCCAAGGGCCCUAAAUCAAAUAAAGCCGAAAGUUUCCUGUUGGCAUGCAGACGUAAAGAAGAGGAACGUCUUAAAUACUUGGAGUUUGCAAAGCUCCACAGCAAGGGAUGUGAGAUCAGUCAGUGGGAGAAACACAAUGAAUGCAAAAGGCUACACAGUACUGUACGGAAGAAGGUUGCUGAGACGAUGCAAGAGUACCUGGCAGGGACUGAGGAUAGGAGAGAGAGACUUCGUGAACUUUUGGAAGCAGAGGAAAAUAGCUAUUUUUCAGAGUUGGAGUCAUUGGAAGAAACUGUUCUUGAAAGACAAGCAAAAAUGAGAGAGAGAGUAAAACUAUUGAGAGAGAAGCGAGAAGAAGAAAGGCAAAAAUUGGUUGCUGAAAAACGAGAGCAGCAGUUCAGAGAACAAUGUGAGGAGUUUCGUUUACACUGGAGUCAAAGGCAUCAGAAGGAGGUGUGUGCAGACCGGCUGGCCCAGCUAGCACUUAAGGAGGAGUUGAAAAACCAAGAGAAGAAGGAGGAACAGAUGUUUGCAGAUCUCUGGGAAGAGGACAGGUUGGCCAAGGAAAAACGAGAGGCAGUAGAUAUCCAGAAACAAGCUGAACAGAAUCAAGAAAGGCUGAAUGUGCUUAAUGCCCAAGUAUCUGUUCUGAAUGCUCAGAAGGAGGAGGCUAAGCGACUGAAAGAAGAGGAGGCACAAUUACUGGAGGAAGAAAAGCAGCUGCUUAAGCUAGAGAAUGAGCGACUUCAGUUGGAAAAAUUGCAAAAACAGAAGGAAUGCAGAGACAUAUUGGUCAGUUCCAUACGAGAGAAGAUGAAGCGUCUUAAUCGAGAAAAACAAGAAGAACUUGCUCUUGACAUGAAGAUUUUAGAACAAGUUCUCCAAGAAUCCCAGGAAGACACUGAAGGAAAAAAGAAAAAAAAACAAGAACUAUUUAAGGAGCAGCAGAUUUAUCGGGAACAUCUAGCUGCACAACUGGAAGAGGAGAAGCGUCGGGAGAAGGAGAUGGACAAGCUGCUGGAGGAAGAGAUGGAGCGGACAUGGGCCAAGAAGGCUGAGCAAAUGAGACUGGAAAAGGAGGCUAGAAAACGGCUAAUGAAAGAUGUCCUGGAUACAAGACGACUGCAGAUUGAGGAGAAGUUGGAGAGAAAUGCAAAGCAGCAGGAAAAGCUGGCUCAGGACAAGUUGCUGCUGGCUGAAGCCAUUAAAGAACUCAAUCAUAUUGACGGAGAGAAAUAUUCCAGAAAAAUACAGGAGACAAAGGAAUACCGGGAGCAGCUUCAGGCUCAAAUUGCCUAUCAGCAGCAGGCCCACCAUGCUGAGGAAGAAGAGAAGCAGCGAGAGUAUGAAUCAGGUCUAGCAGCAGAGCAGGAAUACCAAGAAAAGAUAAAGCACAUUCUUUCCAGAUCCCACCUGAAACUAACAGAAAUCCAUCCCUUGAGAAGAAAGCUAAUGACUGACCUGCAAGUAUAGCAUCAGCUUGCAUAUCACUCAGCCUAGUGCUCCCUAGACUUCAUUUCAAAGUCUGUAGGAAUGUUUACACUUCAGGGGAACUGAUAUACCCCUGAUAUAACUUCUGUUACCUCGGAUUUUGGGGUAAGUUAUUUUAAGAGCAAAUCCUAGAAAUAAAAAUAUUUGAAUUCUCUGAGA